AUGCGGGCAGCGCCGGGGCUCGGGCUGUGGCUAUGGCUGGGGCUGGGGCUGGGGCUGGGGCCGGGGUCGGUGGCGGCGGGAGGUGCCCCGCAGUGUUCUCCCCGCGGGCAGCGUGCCCGGACCUUCAUCAUCCCCAUCGAGGGGAACCCCCACACCGUGCGGCUGCGGCAGCAAGUGUUUUUGCCGGAGGAUUUCCAGAUCUAUACCGACGGCCAAGGAGGGCUCACGACACCUGAACUGGCACAUGUGGAGCGGGACUGCUUCUAUGAAGGCGACAUCAAGGGUUUCCCCAUUUCACUCGUGGCGCUCAGCACCUGCUCUGGCCUGAGAGGGAUCCUGCAGCUCUCCAAUGCAAGCUACGGGAUCAAGCCUCUGGAAGCUGCAGCCAGGAAUCAGCACCUUGUGUACCCAGUGUGGAAUGAAAACACAGAGGCUUGGCUGUUGGCAGAGAAGACUUCCCUUGGCUGGCCUAAGGAGGUGACACCAGAGCCAGAGGAUGCAGUAGCAGAUAAGCAAGUUGUCAGCAGACCCCCUCGGUACCUGGAAAUGCACGUCAUUCUGGACAAGGCUCUGUAUGACUACAUGGGAGCAGACAAGGAUGUUGUGGUGGCCAAGAUAGUGCAGCUUUUCAGCUAUAUGAACAGUAUGUUUGCUCGCCUCAAUCUGACCAUAGUACUGUCUUCCCUGGAGUUCUGGAUUGAAAAGAACAAAAUCCCAACCACAGGAGAUGCCGAGGAGCUGCUGCAGAGCUUUCUGCAGUGGAAAAAUGAGCAUCGCGUGUCGUGGUUGCAGGACAUGAUGUUCCUAUUUGUUUACAGGGAGCAGUCCCGUUAUGUGGGUGCAUCUUCUGCAAGAAAGCUGUGUCUCAAAACCCAUGCUGGAGGCGUUGCCUUGUACCGCAGGGCUAUGACACUGGAGGCAUUCGCAGUCACCGUGGCCCAGCUUCUGGGGCUCAGCCUGGGGAUGGAGCUGGAGGACCCCGGGAGCUGUCACUGCGCAGGAGCCGCCUGCAUCAUGCAGCCCAACUCAGUACACUUGCCUGGUGUGAAAGCCUUCAGCAGCUGCAGCAUAAGAGACUUCCAGCGUUUCCUCGCCACUGGCGAAGGGCAGUGUCUGCUGGACAGGCCAGACAUGGAUAUAGCCUAUAAAGCUCCCACGUGUGGGAACAAAGUGGUGGAGCCGGGAGAGGCUUGUGACUGCGGUACAGCAGAGGAAUGUAAGCAUGACCCAUGCUGCACCAUUGGCUGCAAGUUGAGGCGAGGGGUGCAGUGCCUGUCAGGACCGUGCUGCCGGAAAUGCCGGUUUAUGAAGAAAGGCGCACCAUGUAGACGCAGCUCUGAGGACGGGGAGUGUGAGUUGAAGGAAUAUUGCAACGGCACCUCUGCGCAGUGCGCACCCGACCUCUGGGUCAUGGACGGGCAUCCCUGCAGCAGGAAUACCGCCUUCUGCUACCGGGGAGUCUGCCAGACAGCCGACAAGCAGUGUCAGAAGAUCUUCGGCUCAGCUGCCAAGAACGGGCCCUUGGCCUGCUAUGAAGAAAUCAACAGCCAAAUGGACAGAAUGGGACACUGCGGCUCCAACAGCCGCGGUUACCAGCGUUGUGCGUGGAAGGAUCUCCCAUGUGGGAAGCUCGUGUGUGAAUAUUCGAGCUCCAGGCCCUUCACCAAGGAGAAGGCUGCGGUGAUGUACGCUCUGGUGCAGAACAAGCUGUGUGUAACGUUAGACUACAUGAAGCCUCCUACAGAGAGAGACCCCAUGCUGGUGAACGAUGGCACCGUCUGCGGUGACCGCAAGAUCUGCCUGAACCAGACGUGCGUGUCUGUCGCUGUCCUGAACUACACCUGUGGGAUGAAGUGCCACAAUCACGGCGUCUGCACUAACCUCGGGGACUGCCAUUGCUAUCCCGGCUGGAAACCACCAACUUGCUGGGAGAGAGUAGGGGCAAUAGGCGUGAGUGGCAGCGGAGCCACUGGAGAGGAUGGGGCAUAUAUGGAGAGCUGGAGCUCAAUGAAGCUGUGUCUGUUUCUGAUCUUCUGCCUCUUUUUGCCGGUCACCCUGGCGCUCCUCCUCCUGUUGCUAAAGAGAAGCGGCCCAACUUGCUGUCGCACCAUGCGGGUGUUGAAUGAAGACAACCCCAGGUUUCAGAACUCAGCCCAUGAAGACCAGAGCAUGAGGGAUGCUGCAGUGCAGCACGAUGGAGGGAGACGUAUGUGGCAUCGGGCUUGGCAGCCAUGUAACCGUGCCCUGUAUGGUAAUCACUGUAAGCGUGUGUAGUGUGUCCAGUUGUUGUGUUUUCGGUUGUUCAACAAAAGGUGUUUACAAUCAA